GAUUGUGUCUAUUAUACCAAUCAAAUCAAGUGUUUUCAGCUUUUAUUGCAGUAAUCAUUAAAAGUUCACACAGAAAUUUAAUAUUAGGCAUAAUUUUAUUUGUUUGCCGAAACAGUAGCGCCUGUGAAAAGGGCGAAAAGUGGAACAAUGUACAACUUGUCUCGAUGUCUUAAUCAAAUUGUGGAUAAUUAAAUAAAAGUCAGCUGUUGUAGCCAUCAAGAAAUAAAUCAUGUCGGUUACUAUCGGAGAUCUUCCAGAAGAGAUGCUGGAUAAGAUAUUCACUUACCUGUCGCUGGAAGAUCGCAAAGCAGUUUCGCGAGUGUGCCUCCACUGGUCAAGAUUAGCACUGAGGCGAAUGAAUUUUCAGCUAGCAAUCGACGUGCGGAGGAACAAGCUAGAACGAACCUACCUUCGGGUACUGCUAGCUAGUAAUCGCCGCUACCGGCAUCUAUGGUUAUAUUUUGGCAGCCGGCAAGAUAAAUCCGACUUAAUGUUAGUCAUUUUGCGUAGAUUUGCCGACUCACUAGAGACUCUAAAAAUCAUGUCGGAUAGCACCAUAGCGUUGAGAUUGGAUUUUCUCAGCCACGUUAUAGAAAUCUGCAGAAAUCUUAGGACUUUGCAUUUGCAGUCGGUGUUGUUUCAACACCAUGACGGCAGUGAAAUAACGUUCGGUGUACUGCCAAAAUUAGAUAGGCUAUAUUUGAGAAGCAAUUUACUAGAAUUUGACGAUGUACCAAUUGAAAAGAUGACGCCAAAUAUAACCAGCCUUUUUGUGAUGAUCAGCUACGUUUCACCACGGCCGAUUGAGUUUUUGAGACAUUUCAGUCCACGACUGAAACAAUUGGAGAUUCGGUUUUUGACCGACGAUCAUUUCAAUGCCUUCUCUAGACUAGGCUUUCCGCAGCUAGAACAGCUUAGUCUGUCUUCGGCCGAUUCAUUGUUGGAAGGGAGCAGAUUGACUUCUUAUGUAGAGUUCUUUAAUGAUUUGUCCCAUCUGGUUGAAUUGACCUUACAGUACGAAAUCAGUACGCCGGUUCUGGGAAGCGUAGUUAAGUGUUGUAAAAACCUACAAAGUCUUUGCCUUAACACUGAAGAGCUUUUGGACGAGCACUUUGCGUUGAUUGGUGAGCUGAAAUAUCUUAAGGCUUUACGUUUGAUGAGCGCCAAUAUCGACAUUGAAAAGGCAGAAUUAGUUCCAGUGAUGCCCAAUUUGCGGUUACUUACACUGGAAGCACUGGCUGUCGUGAAGAGUCUUGAAAUGAACAACUUCCUUCGGCGCUCGUUUCCCGCACUCGUCACCCUUCAGCUGCUGAGACUGUGCAGUCAUAUGAAUUCAGCAUCGAUGAACAUAUUUUACAGCAACUUGAUGUCUAAUCUAAAUACAUUGGAACGAUUAGUCUUGAGCGAAAAGGAAAAUGAGUUAGAUAUGAAACUUCUUUCGUGCUUUGCUCAACUACCACGGCUCCAUAUAUUACAGUUGCAUUUCAGGAACUUGGUGCACUACAAUAGUCAGCAUGAUCUUAGUUCGAUCGGUAGCUUCCGAACGUUAGUUCUGGAUGUGCGCAAUGUCAGCGAUGAAAUAUUGCAGAACCUGUUAGAUCACUUGCCUAAGCUAAAGCAGCUAGAGAUGCCUACGGCGCAUCUUUGUUCAGCCGACGGUUUGUUGGCGAUACGAAAAAAGCAUCCCGAGUGUACGAUCGUUACGAGGCUAAAAUUUCGAAUGCAUUGGUGGACAGAAUGCUAAGAAACUACAAUCUAUAAGAAAAGUUGUGGUUUGUACUCCCUGCAAACCAUUUUGUUUGGACCGAAGUUCGAAUUUAUUACAUAAAGAUA